GCAGUGCCGUUUUCAUAUAUGGUCACGUAAUCAUGGCAACAUUUACGUACCCAUGCUAAAAACAGACCAGACAAGCGCGUGGAGGAAGGUGACGGAGCGGCCUACGAGUGCCACGUACGGAGACAAUAUUACAACUGGAUUUCUUUGAAAGGAAAUAAAAAAAAUAAACAGAAGAAGACACACCGGAGUGUGUUUGUCAAGCGCGCGCUCCGCGUGAUGAGUGUGGGUUUGGAUUAUUGGUGCCCUAGAACGCGCGAGACCAUGGAGAGUUUGGAGAGGCAGCUGAUAUGCCCCAUUUGCCUUGAGAUCUUCACCAAGCCGGUGGUAAUCUUACCGUGCCAACACAACCUCUGCCGCAAAUGUGCCAAUGACAUCUUUCAGGCCUCAAACCCCUACUUGCCCACACGAGGAGGUUCUUCAUUGGGCUCAGGCGGCAGGUUCCGCUGCCCAUCCUGUAGGCAUGAAGUGGUUCUGGAUAGACAUGGGGUGUAUGGCCUGCAGAGGAACCUGCUGGUGGAGAACAUCAUAGAUAUGUACAAACAGGAGUCUAGCAGCAGUAAGCCUGAGCCAGAGGUGAAGAAUGAUGAGUUGAUGUGUGAGGAGCAUCAAGAAGAGAAGAUUAAUAUAUACUGUGUGACCUGCUCUGUCCCCACUUGUUCCUUAUGUAAAGUGUUUGGGAGUCAUCAGACCUGUGAGGUUGCUCCACUCAAAUCUGUCUACGAGACCCAGAAAACAGAGUUGUCUGAUGGUGUUGCUUUGUUGGUUGGCAACAAUGACAGAAUUCAGGGCAUCAUCAGUCAGUUAGAGGAAAGCUGCAGAUCUGUGGAGGAAAAUGGGCGUAGGCAGAAGUCUCGUGUAUGUGAAUGGUUUGAUCGUCUGUACGCUCUUUUGGAAGAGCGCAGAGGAGAACUCGCACUGAAGAUCACUGCAGAACAGCAGGAGAAACUCGAUUACAUCAAUAGCCUACAGCGCAAGUACAGAGAGCACUUGGAUAACGCAGCCAAACUAGUGGAGACAGGAGUUCAGACAAUGGAGGAAUCUGAGAUGGCCAUCUUCCUGCAGAAUACGAAGCCUCUACUACAGAAAAUUGCAGAAGGCAGGAAUGUGUCUCAUUUAGAAAAGGUAGAGCGUGGAUAUGAGAAUAUGGAUCAUUUCACUGCAAACUUCCAGCCUGAACGAAGAGCAAUACUCAGCAUAGACUUUAUCAGGGAUGGUGACGACAAUGAAGAGGAUGAUGAUGAAGAAUUAGCUGGUACUGUUAGUCCUGAGACCCCGCAGAGACAAACACCUGUACCGAACCCCCCACCAAUGACAACAGACUCCUCCCAAAUGUCAUCAAAACCCAACCAAUCAGUGAAAAUCAACCCGGCAGAGAACACGCCCUUAUUAACGCCCACUCCAGACUCCAGUCACAACCCUUCUACAGAUGCGCCAGCUCAGGUAACUGCCGGUCCCAGCCAGACAUCUGAGGAUGAACCACGCCAUGUUUUCUCUUUUUCCUGGUUAAAUGUGCCAAAAUAAAUUCAGUUGGUAACCCUGCAACAUCCCAGUGAC